CCGCAAAAAUAACUGGCAACCCUGACGCCGAUCAAAUGGAUCGUUGACAUCGCAUAUUGCGUUUUUUUCUUUGUUCCGUCGAUGGACGUGUGUAAAUAGUUUUGUCUUUGCACGAGUCCAGCGCGAAACUUCAUUCAAAGCGAAGGAAGUGAUGGAGAGCCCGAGGAGCGUCCAAGUGCUGCGCAUGAUGAAGUAGGAGCCCUAAAAAAAGAAGCCAGCGGCAGUGAGCCAUCUUGUUUUUUAACGGACCACCUUCGUUUUUUUUUUCUUUUUCGAAAAAAUACAAAAAAGUAAUUAUUGGCCUUUAACGCGUGUGCGAGCCGCCUAAGCUCGCGCUAGGCGAGUUUUGCGGCCAUCCCGAUCAGGUGGCAAAGAGUGGUGGAAAAAAAUUGGGUAUGUUUUUUUCUUUUUGUAUGUGUUUGCUUUCGGCCACCAGAAGGCCAUUUUUUCCAGGCUCCAUUCGGCUUUCCUUUCUUGACAGCUGACAGCAUUAGGGCAAAUUUUUAGGGGUAACGGGUCUGCCCGAAGUUAUUUCUGGGCAUCCCCGGGCCAUCUCGGACGCCGGUGGUGCAGGGAGAGCGGCGGAUCGUCGGGCGGCCCAGCGAAAUGAGCAGGUUCUUUUUAUUGUUUCCGCUUGAAAUUUGUUUGUUUGAUCGCGUCGCAUUCGGGGCGCCCUUUUUUCAAACGGCGCUCCAUGGACGAUUUCUGGUGAGGCUCUGGCCGCGCCGGGGUUGAUGGAAGGCCCAGUAGCGCCCGGGCGGCCCUCUUCGUGGACUUUGCCAGCCGCCGAGUCGCUCAGCGGCCGCUCGCCCUUUGUCUCGGCCGGGCCGGGGCCGUCGCUCGAGUAGCCGUUCGCGGCAAGAUGUAAACAAUGGACCCAACCUUCGGUUUCUCAUCGGGGCUGCCCACCCAGAUCCCGCUCUUCACGUCAGCCCACCGGCUGUUCAACUUCUACAAUUUGGAGAAGGAGUCUAUGCUGUACGGCGAGACCGGCCCCAGGGAGAACAGCGCCAAUGCAUCGUCCGCCCCGGGACCCCCUCCGAACGCGCUCUGCGUGGCCAACGCCGGCGGCGCCGGCGCCCACCACAGCGGCACACAUGCGGUCUCGGCCGCGGCCGCCGCAGCCGCCGCCGCCGCGGCUGCGGCGAACAGCGUGCACAGCGUGAGCACGCAGAGCAGCCCGGUGCCGCACCAGCAGCAGCAGCAGCAGCAACCGGGCCCGCCGCCACCUCAGCAGCAGCAGCAGCAGCAGCAGACGGGGGGUCCGCCACCGCCGCCGGGCCCCCAGCCCCACUCCGCAGCCGCUCAGCCACAGCCCAAGGCGCCCGCCAAGCGGGGCGAGUUUCCGUGCGAAAUAUGUGGAAGAGUCUUCACGCAGAAAGGGAAUCUGAAGAGUCAUAUGUACUGUCAUUCUGGUGAGAAACCGUACAACUGCGACGUGUGCGGCAAGGGAUUCACUCAGAGGUCGAGCUUGGACUACCACCACACGCUGCACCUGGGCGAAAAGCCAUUUGGGUGCGAGGUGUGCGGCAAGCGGUUCACGCAGAAGGGCAACCUCAAGACACACAUGAACUCGCACACGGGGGCCCGGCCGUUCCGCUGCGAGAUCUGCGGGCGCGGAUUCACCCAGAAGGGCAAUAUGAAGACUCAUUUGGCGACCCACUACGGGGAAAAGCCGUAUGCGUGCGAGGUGUGCGGCAAGCGGUUCACCCUCAAGGGCAACCUCAAGACCCACGUGAUGGCCCACGAGGGCGUCAAGCCCUUUGCCUGCGAGGUGUGCCACAAGAGCUUCUCGCAGAAGCUCAGCCUCGAGUACCACAUGAACAGCCACAUGGGCCGCAAGCCGUACGCCUGCGAGGUCUGCGGCAAGGGGUUCACCCAGAAGGGCAAUAUGAAGACUCACAUGCGUUCCCACUCGGGCGAGAAGCUUCACACCUGCCAAAUCUGUGGCAAGGGGUUUACCCAGAAGGGCAAUAUGAAGACCCACAUGAAGAUUCAUCUGCGUCCGCCGUCCCUCGACAAGCCCUACUUCUGCGGCAUGUGCGGCAAGUCGUUCGUAAUGAAGUCAAGCCUCGAAUGUCACAUGGCCACCCACGUGCCCAAGAACGGCGCCACGGGACCAGCGGGGAACCAUCCCAGCCACCUGACGCUGGGGCCGAGCCACCUGGCUCUGGGCACGUCCCAGGCGGCACAAGCCGCCCAGGCGCAGGCCCAGCAGCAGCAGGCGCAGGCACAGGCCCAAGCGCAGGCUCAGGCGCAGCAGCAGCAGCAGCAGCAGCAGCAGCAGCAGCCCGGUCAGCAGCAGCAGCAGCCUGGCCAGGCCUCGUCGCCCGGUUCCCCGCCGCCCACCAUGGUGCCACCGCGCAGCCUGACCAACAUCCAGGCCAGCAUCCAGAGCAUGGGGGGCCUGAAGGGCAUGUUGCCUAGCGGGGCGGCGGCUCCACCCCCGCCACAGGGGGCCGGACCCAGCAGCGGCUCCUCGGCCAUGUGCGCCCUUGGUGGCGCACCCCCGGCCGGGGGAGACAAGCCCACCGUCGUCGUGCCUGGAGGAGCCGUCCUCUCUGCCCUCUGAGGGUGGAGUCCGGCAUCUUCCAGCAGCCGGCUGCUGUCUUCCCAAGUUCACCACCACCGGACCCUAUUGCCCUCUGACCACCCGACACCCCUGACCCCUGAACACGCCCAAUGUCUUCGGCCGACGCGUCGUCGCCCUGAGGACUUCGUGCCCGCUGGCUGUGCUGUCUUGCAGCCAGCCGCCAGGAAAACUGCGUUUGUAACCGCACUGGCUCGCGUUCGAGUGUAAACCCUUUCCAAGAGCAGCAGAAAACACGGAAAAAGAAAGAGCAGGCAGACAUGUCUCGCAUCAUGCCGCCGGUCAGUACUGCCGGCUCAGGUUUUUUAGAUUCAUCUACCUCGCUGUCUCAGCCUACCUCUUGUUCGCUCUUGCAGUCCUCCUCAGUUCUAUCACUUCUUACCAUUCUUUGUUCCGCUGCCCAGUCUGAGGCCACCACUGUUUUCUUCAUUUGGAGAGCGAGCUUCUAAGACUGGUCUGCAUUCACCCUCGAGGCUCUCUGUGGUAGCAAAGCUGAAACCAAAAGUGACAGGCAGGCUGUCUUGUGUUCUGGAAUUUAGGAGCCUGCGAAUUCCACCAGAGUCGUAGAAAGCUGCCACUAGAGUGUCGUUAACUUGGUGACCGUUGAAGUGUGUUUCGCUCUCUCUGCCUUACACCUGUUCCUCACUGCCUCUCUCAAUGCCAUUGCUUGUGCUCUGGCAGGGGCAGCCUUAGCUUAGCAUCCCGUCCAGGAGGGCAGCUUGGUGUGGGGUGUGCGCCUGUUCUGGCAUGCGAGUCGUGAGUUUCAUUCGUUCGAGUGCCUUUACCCGGGGAAGGUUGUAUUUACGCUACGCCCGUGGAAUUUGGGGUGGGAGACAUCCAGGCUGCGACUAUUCUUUCAGGCCGUUGUGGCCACCAAUUGGCUUAGACAUUUGUAUGGUUUGGGCAGUCUGGUUGUGUCGGGUUCAAACUGCCUCCUUUGCUAUUUGCCUCUUCUGGGAGGUCUCCAACUGGAGUUCUUAGCAAUUGCAGACUGGACAAUGGGAUUUUUUUUCUACAAGAAAGAAAGAAUCAUGAACAAUAGUGGCCAACCCAGAAUGAAGCACACCCCACACUUCUGCUCCGUCCCUCGCAAUCCCCUUGCCUGCAGGGUACUGUUUUCUUCUGAGUCCUGUGCUUUGUUGACUUUAUAGAGAGAGAGAGCAGCAGUGUCUUUGAAUGCAUCACCACGACGUCGUCGGCUCCUUGGGCGACUCCCUCCCCUCGCCUCCCUUUUUUUCCUCCUUCUCUUUCUCUCUCUCUCUCACUUUCUCCUUGCUCCCUACAUCGAGGCAACUUCUUGCAAGAGAGCAGCACAUCCGGAAGAGGAAUUGUUGUUGCAUGGUACGGCUUGAUCCGCGAUAUCUGCGAACAUGAAGAAUACUCUCCCACAGGAACUUGAAGUAGCAAAGCAGAGAAAAACAAACUGACUUUGAGUGGCUAUGAAGAGCGGAAUCGAUGAGAAACCCAAGGAGUUACGUUUCCAUGUACUUUAUAUUUUUUUAUGUUGUGUUCAUGCAACACAGUAGCAGCUACCCAGAUGGUGCAUUUCCCAUCUGGCCUGCGAGACCGCCUGUCACAUUUUUUUUCUGUCAUCAGUGACUUGUGCGUGUCGGCAUUUUUUUUUAAUCUCUUGAAGUAUUUUUUUUUUUUUUCAUGAAGUGCUGUUAGUGGUCAUUGUCGGGGGAUGCAGGUUGCAGUGUGUGUUGGCAUUUGUUCCUUUUGUUUCUUUUCUGCUCUUUCGAUGUUGGUGUACUUAGAAAGACAAUGUUGUAGUUCACUGAUGAUUGUCUGUGCUUUCCUUUCUUAAUGCACUGCAGUUUGUGUUUGCCCUCUUUUGUGUUGCAUUGGCUAGUUCUUAUCUGAUCUGGACACGUAAUAUUGGCUUUCACGUGCAAUUGGUAGGUUGUGUUGUGAACAGCUCUACAGUGCUUAGUGUUAUUGCACGCCGAGUGAAAAAGAAAAGCUGCAAACAUUCUAUGGAUUGUCCUUGUUUUGCAAAUGAAACAAAAUCGGAAUUUGAAGAUUUGCUAACUGCUGAUUAUGUGAGAACAGAAAGAUUGUCUGAUAUUUUGCACACAGAACACCUAGCAUCAUGACUACCCCGAUUUGAAGCUCGAAAAGUUAACUUGGUUGUUUACUUGAUCUUUAAAGACUGAGCGUGCCCUGCUGAAACGACUAACAGGGGUUUAUUUCACGCUGUGUGCUUUCUGCUCGAUGCUUAAAAGUGAGCUUUGCCCCUAUUGGGUUACGGAAGGGAAUGUCGUGCAUGGUUGGCUGAACGCUUCCCCUUGCUCCUUUUGUUUCCUCGCAUUCCCUCUCUCCCACUGCGUUCCUCUUCUUGUCAUGUGGGACAAGUGAGCAUUGGUGUGUGGCGCAGGAGGAGGAGCAAGCCCAUUACUGUGCUGUCCCUGCUUGGCAAGUGUGCCUAAUCUCCUCGCUUUCCGCUUCACCCUUCCCUCUUUCCCAGGCUUGUGGUGCUUGACACAGACACGUGCGGUUGACACACACACACACACACACACACACACACACACUGUGAAGGACGCUGUUGGUGCGAUGAGUGGCCGCCAGGCCAGCGGGACGGUUUCUGGUGCGCUCCUUUUGUUCUCCCCCCCUUGCCACCCCCGAGGCCCAGCCCCGGUCCCAGCCCUCGCCCCUGGGAUGCCCGAGGGAAAGAAAGGCCUUUUACGGUGUGGCCGGCCCUUCAGCGACGUGGUCGAGCGACUGACGCGCAGGACUGCUGAUAACCCCCCAUACCCCCCCUCACUAUAUUCCCAGCCCCUAUACCUCUCAUAUGUAUUUUUUUAAUCUCUUUUGGAACGCGUGACCGACUGAAGAUCACGAAGCGUUGUGGUCGACCCGGGGACUUGCGGGGGUGAGUGUGCGUGUGCCGCCCCCCGCUGGCUGCCAGGCUGCUGCACCUGGGAGCACCCACUGAUUGUAGCGAGUGGAAUUGGACUUUGGCUGUGUGGGCAAUGCUCCCGGUGUGCCGGUGGCUGGCCGGCGGAGCUCUAGUUUUUGAGCAUGAUAUACACGCAGACGUGCAAUGUGUGAUGAGUUGCGCCUGCAUCCCCCAUUCUUGUGGCAAAGAAGCGAGUGUGCAUUUUGACAUGUGUGCUUUGGGGCAUGAGGCAUCUAGUGUCUCUCAGGUGCGUUUGUACAUCUGUUUUCUCCGCUGCUCUGUGUGCCCCAAGAGCCCGCUUUUCUUUUUCGCCAACUGGAGCAAUUCCUCCGGUCUCCAGCCUUGGCUCCCUCUCUGUUCUGCUGCCAUACAACAGUUUCCUUUUUUAGACGGCAGCCUUUUUCAGUUGAUACACCUUUCUUCUUUUGCCACACCCGUGAGGGACUGCUGUUGUCUCUUAGUGAGUCGUACAGGUGUGUGGCUUCAGGUGUGCCCUCGCACCUUUUCCUCUGUUUCUUGCCUCCCAUGUUUUCAAAAUUUUGGCCUUUGUUGUGUUUGUGCCGAUUUGCUUCUUCUUGCUCCCUGUUCCCCGACCCGUCCUUUUCUUUUCUUAAUGCAUAGGAAGUGUGUGUCUUCUGGUGUGUAUCAGGUCUGUGCACUGAGAACUGUCCCUGAUUCGAUGUCACAAGUGGGUUCUGGUCGUUGUCCUGAGUUUUGUGCUGUAGGCAUAAUGAGUGUAGUGAGUGUGCGUGCACUUGUAGAAGCCUAUGUGUAUGGCCGUUGCAUUCGUUUGUAUAGACGGGGCAGUCUUGGAGAAACUGUGUGAGUGGAGAAAAAUUGUUCAUCUGAACGUUGGUCCUUCCAUGCUGGAAACAUGAGCUUGCCUUUCCCUCCUCUUUAUUAUCCCCUCCCCUACCAAAACCUAAGGAAAGAAUCGUUUUGACUUACUAUGCAAAACUGCAGUCUGAUCGGUGCGUGUGUGUGCUUCCAGGGAUGAAAAAAAAAAAGUUUUUCAGUGGAAAGGGCUCCAAACUGAUGCCCCAUGCAUAGAGCUUUGUACACCUUCCUUGGCUCCCAGGGACCGUCCCUCCCCCCUCUUCUGAGGUCUGCUUGGCAGGUCCAGGGUAGUGCAUUGAAAAGUCCCUCAGCUCCCUCUGGUGCAGUUGUCCCAUUGGCAACUAGUGUCGUGCUUUUCUCUCCCUUCUACCUCUCCUGCUAACUUAGUUGCCAUGCAGGCAACUGAUGUGGUGCCCCGUCUUUAAGCUAUACAUUGUGUCUGGGUUUGUUUGGAGAAGAAGAAAAAAAAAGUUCCUCUGUCGCACUCGUGGGCCUGUGGUGUGCCCGGGCUUUCCUGUGGCACCCUUGGCACCGCCCGACCAAAGCCUCGCCCAGUGCAUGCAUGGACACGCGCACACACACACAAAGAGAAAAAACCCUCGGUGGGUUGUGGUGGAGCCCACCGACAUCGACGGGUGGCGGUGAAGUGCAUGCCGCCGCCACCAUCGGGACACCAGCGUCGCGACAAGCACCACCCACUGGUGCCGGGACGCCUCCUCCGCCAAUCUGCCGCUCUGCCGUGGCAUCAGCGACGACGACAACCGAAAAGACUCACGCAAAAAGGAAGGAAAAAGAAAAUGUGGGGACAAUUUCCAAUUUCCCAUCUGGCGCAUCUGGGAAGUGACAUAAAAAAGGCACGGAGUGAACACUCCUUCAUUGGUGUUGGGGUGGGGGUUCCUCGAGCUCCGGAGGGUGCCUCGCCGGGCCCGUCCUUCGGAGCAACCGAAAAAUGAUGUCUUACGUAAGCAUUGAUGCACGGCGACCCGUUUGACAGGUGCCGCACGAUUGGGGGACGAUGUGACUGCCGGCGGGAGAUCCUGUGGCCACCUGUGCGUGUCGCCCAACAAGACUGUGCUUCGGUGGUGUGCAGUGCUUAGUGUGGUGCGGUUUCUGUGCUACCUUCGCCACUGUGUGGCCCUGCUGCGGGUCUCUCCACGUCUUCAGAAAAAAAGGGGUGGGCUCUGAAACAAAAAAAGAAGUGGCUGUACGUGCGGCACCUUCCCAUCGGUCUCUUUGGCCAAACAAACAAAACAUGUGGGGGACAGUACAGCAUGUUUCUGGCAAGUGGAACGUUUCGGACUUCUAAAAAUUAUGAGAAAGGUGCAGUCUUGGUUUCUGGAUGGAGGAACCUCCCUGGUAUGUGUGGCCUGGCGUGUCGGUUGUCGCCUCGUGUGUUUGGUGUACAUAACUCUUUGUCUGGUUUUUGUGGGUCAUUUAUUUAUGACAAGGGAGCGCGCAAUCCCUUCCUGUCCAGGCCCUCAACUCCCCCGGCCCCGCCCUGGUUGUCGUGGCAGUCGCUCUUGGGCGGGGCGGUGGUGCUCUCUCUCUCUGCAGAGGGGAGUGUAUAUAAGCAGUGCCAGCAAAGUUCAUAAGCCUCCUCUCCCCUCCUGGCCCCAUUACCUUGUCUCGUAGUGGAUAGUGCCCCCACCGUUUCAUACCUCAGAAGAGCUUUCGAAAGCAUCUAGCAUCUCCUCUUCCUGUGGCCCCGUGCACUUCGUGUUGGUUGCCCCGUGGCACCAGCUAUCCUUUGUUCUGAAUGCUGGUCCAGCCCUACCUGGGUGCUUGUGUCGGCCAUGUGCAGCCUCUGUGUGAACAGCAGUGCAGGUUUGCUAGCGGGUUGUGGUGGGAGCAGCUGUUGAGACCAGUACCCUCCAUGCAAGCAUUGUGGAAAAGAUUGCUCGUCUGCAAGGGAGGCUUUCUUGGCACUGUCAUAGUUACCUUGUUGGGUAUUCAGAGACGAUAAGCGCAGCAAAAUGAUAACGGGCGGCAGCAGACGCCACUUUGCGCGUGUGCUCUUGUCCGUCUUCGGUCCCUGCGCUGACUGUCUAAUCUUGCACUGCAGUUCACACAGUUUUCUGAGACAGCUGUCAGUCAGCACUGUGUGUGCCACCUGCUGUCUUAGAUUUUUUUACUAGUUUGCUGUUGUCACACAUUGCGCUUCAUUUCAUUAGAGUCGUCUACAUUUCUUCUUCAUGAUCUAUAUUUUAUUUUAUUUUAUGAACACCGCUAGGGUUAAAGAUACAGAAUGGAUGGCUGAUGCUGCCCCCCUGCCGCUGUUUAUCUUUUUGCACUCCCCCCCCCCCCCCCCCCUCUUCACCAAGUUAGCAUGCAUCAGCUUUUUAUCUCACGUAAAAUGAGUCAUUGGAAUGUUUGAGAUGCAGGUGAAGGUUUAGCUGGCUCUUUAUCUUAAAAAUGUGUGGCCUUAAGUUUGCUGGGCCGCUUGAAAGACUUUCCUCCAAGUUUUUGCAUGCACGCAGUCAUCCAUAGCCCUACAUUGGGCUUUUUAUGCACUCAUAUUGUGUUCAUCAAUUCUCGUCUCAUUUCUUUUUUAUUCUCAAAGGGGAAGAAAAAAAACGAGAUUUGCACCACUACCCUUCCUUGUGGCAACUAGACCUGGCAUGCCUCCCCUAUGCUUUUCUUUUUUUUUUCCUUCACCUCCGGUGUGCAUGAUAUUUCAUCUCUAGCAGUCAUUCACAUCUGCCUGAGUGAGAAUGCAAAUGUGCUAUCGCGUCUUGCAUAAAAUGCAAGCAGGUUCUUGUUUUUGUUUAGCUUUUGCAUUUCUAAUGUUGCUUGUGAAAAUUUCCUGUUCCCCACCUCCCUCCUUCCCAAGAACUGUACGAGUAUAAACGUCGCGGUUGUGUCCUGCCUCCCUUGCUUUUUGUCUUUGAGUUGUGUGCCACAGCAGGUUGCCUCACUAUGUGUCUGCUUGGUUGGAUGGCUUUCACGUGGAACCGGGCUCAGCCAGUCAGAGUUGCUUUAAUGUACUUUCCUCCGCUGAUUCAUGCCGCCCGCUUUUAAUGGUGUCCUUCUGUUCACAAGAAUGUUAGCUCUUACGGCCUGUCCUUAAGCUAGCAGCCACACUAGCUCUUUUCCAGCAGGCGCCCGCGUGAUAAAGUAAUCACUAUCGUGCUAUUUAUAAUCUCAUUAUUGAAAAUUUUCUCGAAUUUUUUUGGAUCAGCGCCUGCUUAUCUUUUUUAUACUAGGCUGUUUGCUUACCCUUAGUUAUUAAGGGCUUCAAAAUCGAUUUCAUUUGCCUCCUAAAAAAAAAAAAAAAUUGGAAAGACGUGCUGCUGCAUUGCACUGCGAUUUUCUUUAUGGUUCAUUUAUUUUUUAAAAAUUUUAAUUAUUAAGCUGCACAUGGUAUGAACUUGUGGGUAUGCGUGUAAGACAACAUGGAUCUCCUCUUAUCCUGACCUCGUCCUGGCCUUGUGAAAUGCUCGAGUCUUACCCUCCUUCCUUGGCAGUGUGGUAUGAAGGAGAGAGAUUGGUGGUUUGCUUUAUUUCCCCGCAGCAUGUGAUGAAUUGAUAAAAUUUGCCUUGUUGCAGUUGUAAUUUUGCUUGUUUUUGCCGAUGGUUCUGGUGCCUUCCAUUGCCCUCGUUUACAGCAGUGGAGAGAGAAGCACUCGCAUGUUGUACAACCUUGCCUGUAGCGCCAACUGGUCCCCUUGUGUUGUCGUGCAUUAUUCUCCGCCUCACCUACCGCCCCUCCCUUAAAAUCGCGGCGUCAUUAUUUUUUUGUCCACCUCGGUCUAGUUUCGACCGUUGUCUAUCUAAAUAACGGGUCUUCACCCUUGCCCCACCGACCCACUCCCACACUCAUUUGAAUGCUGCCAUCAUUUUUUAGGUAAAUUGAACAUAAGUGAAUACGGCAAAAUUGGUGAGAAAUGUCGGUGAGAUCUACAUUUUAGUGGGGAGAAAUAAAGAAAUGGUCGAAAAGAGGGGGCAGGAAAUUAAAAUACAAAAAAGCGGCCCUGUGCGCUGCCCGUCUUGAAAUGUGUAAAAGUCAAUCGUUUCUUUUUUUUUUUAAUGGUAGGUUGGUUAUGUCUCCCCAUAUCUUGUAGUUUUUAACACUGUUGAUGUGAGUGUGUCAGGAUCUUUUUAGGAGAAAAAUAAUCAGUCUGUGUAUAAUCGCCUAUUUGUUGCUGUGACUGUAGAGCAGGCAAGAGGACGGUUCAUUGCUGGAGGAAUUGUUCAACGUACAUUGAUUGCAUCUCUGCUAUCUUUCCCAUGUUAGACCUAGCCCGGGCCAUUGCACACCCUCAAUGUAAUUGGCUACUUUUGCAAAUGAAUGCCCUGUUUUUCAUUGUAGCCGUGUCAAAGCAAAGAGCGGUCAGAAACGAUUGGUGCAGACUGCCUGCAGGUUGUAGAAUAUUUCUUGUGCCCGGGCAGCAGAGUUUGUGACAGCAUCCGUACUCUUGUCUAUCUCUGACGGGGCAUGACAAAACAUUUAGUGUGUGAUGCAAAGUGUAAUCAUGCGACUAGUGUAACCUCAUCUGUUUUUUUCUCCGUUUUUUCGAAUUGCCAAUAAAAUGAUACGAGUGGCGUCCGUA